CAGAGCCGGGGCUGGACGUGGCGAUGCGGGGAGAAGAUGCGGAGGAGCCGCCGGCUCCUGCUGAUCCAGCCGCGAAUCACGUCGUGUCGGUGCUGCUUUCUUUCGGGAAGUGUCUCGGGGCUCUGCUGCCUGUUUACCUGGCUGGUUAUUUCGGAUUCAAUCUUACUUUGGUUCUGUUCGGCCUCGCUGUGUAUAUGGCAUGGAAACAACACCGGGACGACAAGAGGAGUCGCCUGAACAGUGCCAUGUAUUUACUGGAGAAUGAGAAACACUACACAACUACACGGGUAUACAAGAGCAAAAAGGAACUACCAGCUUGGGUUGACUUCCCAGAUGUGGAGAAAGUUGAAUGGCUGAAUAAGAUCUUGCAUCAAGCCUGGCCUUUUGUGGGUCAGUAUUUGGAGAAGCUGAUGUUGGAGACAAUUGCCCCUGCGAUCAGAUCCUCCAACUCUCAUCUUCAGACUUUCAGCUUCACUAAAGUGGACCUGGGAAGCAAGGCUUUGAAGGUGGUUGGUGUGAAGGCCCACACUGAGCAUAAUAAGCGCCAGGUGUUGCUGGACCUACAUAUCAGCUUUGCUGGCAAUGUGGAGAUUAACGUAGAGGUAAAGAGGUUCUUCUGCAAAGCUGGUGUAAAAGGAAUUCAGCUCCAUGGAAAACUGAGAGUGAUCCUGGAGCCGCUGAUUGGAGACGUUCCACUUGUGGGAGCGAUCACGAUGUUUUUUAUCCGGAGACCUAAGCUGAGUAUUAACUGGACCGGACUCACCAAUUUAUUAGACAUUCCAGGACUGAAUACCAUGUCGGACACCAAGGUCUUGGACACUAUCGCCUCUUUCCUGGUGCUUCCCAACCGCAUCACAGUCCCUUUGGUGGCCGAUCUGCACGUCGCACAGCUUCGCUCCCCACUCCCGCGGGGAAUAGUUCGAAUACAUCUGCUGGAAGCUGAGAACCUGGCUGCCAAGGAUAACUACAUUAAAGGUGUGAUUGCUGGCAAGUCAGACCCGUAUGCCGUGCUGAGGGUGGGCACUCAGACCUUCACUUCAAAACAUGUGGACGACGAUCUGAACCCACAGUGGAGGGAAAUGUAUGAGGUGAUAGUUCAUGAGGUCCCAGGUCAGGAACUGGAAGUGGAGGUGUUUGAUAAAGACCACGAUAAGGAUGACUUCCUAGGGAGGAUGAAGUUGGACUUGGGUGUUGUAAAGAAAGCACGAGUUGUGGAUGAGUGGUUUAAUCUGAAAGAUACAGCAUCCGGAAAGGUUCAUCUCCGACUGGAGUGGCUCUCGCUGCUGCCCUCUGCGGAGCAUCUUAGUGAGGUCGUUCGAAAGAACCAGAACCUGGCCACUUCCAGUACGAAUUCAAAUCCUCCAUCAGCAGCCAUGUUGACCGUGUACCUGGAUCGGGCCCAGGAUCUACCCAUAAAGAAAGGCAAUAAAGAACCCAGUCCUGUGGUUCUUCUUUCUGUGCAGGAUGCUACCAAAGAGAGCAGGCUUGUUUAUGGGACGACCAAUCCAGUGUGGGAGGAUGCCUUUACAUUUUUCAUUCAGGACCCUUCAAAGCAAGAGCUUGACAUUCAGGUGAAAGAUGAGGACAGGUCAGUUACUCUGGGUACUCUGUCCAUCUCUCUGCUUCGCUUGCUCUCCGUUGCUGAACUCCACCUGGAUCAGUGGUUUCAGCUUGACAAGUCAGGUCCUGCUAGUCGUAUCUACAUGAAGGUCAUACUGAGGGUCCUUUAUCUGAAUGAAGAUGCCAUCCCUGUUAGCCCAGUAUCCCCAGAUCCCUCCAACCCAUUUUCUGAUGAAGGAGAGGAAGGUAUCACAGCGGAUAUGAUAUCAAAAACUACAGCGAUGUCACGGCCAGAACACACCAGCCCAAAUGCCAGUUUUGCCACAGAGGGUGUUCUCAGGAUCCACUUGGUAAAGGCCCAGGACCUUGUAGCUAAAGAUACCUUCAUGGGAGGCAUGGUAAAAGGCAAAAGCGACCCCUAUGUGAAGAUCCGAGUGGGAGGGUCGACCUUUAAGAGCCUGGUGAUAAAGGAGAACCUUAACCCAGUGUGGAAUGAAUUUUAUGAGGUCAUUCUCACUGCUAUUCCGGGCCAGGAGGUUCAGUUUGAGCUUUACGAUAAAGACUUGGAUACGGACGACUUUCUUGGCAGGUUUAAGAUGAGUCUAAGUGAGCUCAUUAGCUCACAGUUUACUGAUCAGUGGUACACUCUGAAUGAUACAAAAUCAGGACGGGUUCAUGUAGUGAUGGAAUGGGUGCCAAGGGUUUCAGACCCAUCCAGACUGGAACAGAUCUUGCACUACCAUUCUCAGCAGUCGUUUGUGAAUAAAGCAGUGCCUGCUGCAGCUAUCCUCUUCGUGUAUGUUGAGCGAGCACAUGCUCUGCCUUUGAAGAAGAGCGGAAAUGAGCCGGCGGUGGGAGUAGAGCUGAUACUCAAAAAAACCUCCUACAAAACUAAAGUUGCUGAUCGCUCGAAAGCUCCACGUUGGGAUGAAACGUUCUGUUUUCUGAUCUAUAAACCCAAAGAAGAAAUACUUACUGUCAAACUGUCUCAUAACUGGGCGCAGCCUCUGGGUGCACUGGUACUGCCUGUGAAUGAUAUAUUAAAGGAGCCAGGCCUGGUGCUGGAUCGGUGGUUCAACCUGGACGGAGCUCUGCCUGAAAGUCAGAUACUGUUACGAACAGAACUCAAGCUGCUUCAUUCAAAGUUGGCACAAUGUGACAGCAGUCCCAGUCACAUGGAGGAGAAGGAGCAUAUCAUCCCCAGUGCAGAGGCAUCAGUCGCAGCCAAUCAGGAGCUCAGACACAGGACAGUCUCCACCCAUGGAAGGGAAGACGGGAAAGGCAGUGGACGUGGUCAGGUGAAACUGACUAUUGCUUACUCUACCGAGGACAACAGACUGGUCAUCAUUGUCCACGCCUGCUGGAACUUGCCAUCCUGCAGCAAGGAUGGCUCCGAUCCAUACGUCUCCUUCGUCCUCCUGCCAGACAAGAACAAGAGCACCAAAAGAAAGACCAGCAUCAAGAAGCGAGACCUCAAUCCUAAUUUCAGUGAGAGGUUUGAUUUUGAGAUCUCACUGGAGGAGGCCAUGCAGAAAUCCCUCGAUCUGUCUGUCAAAAACGGUGGUUCUUUUAUGAGCCGGGAGAAAGAGCUCAUUGGCAAGCUGCAGUUAAAUCUGAAUCAUUUUGAUCUCAAGACAGCAGAACCCAGGUGGUAUGAUUUAACAGACGAGACCAAGUAAUCUGACCUUUGAAGGAUUGCAUCGACAGUCGACAAUGCCUUCAGUCUGUUCACGCUGUGUCUCCUGUGCUGUACAGCUCUCACCUGCAUGCUGCAAGAUUCCCUCUACCUGUAGAGCUUAAUGCACUGGCACGGGUAAAAUGAAAGUUCUAUGCUGUGAUAUGAUGCUGUUAUUACUGUAGUUACCAGCAAUAUUUCAUGCUUUAUUGACCUGCAUAUUGUUCCUGUUAGUGCACGCCAGCAGAAUUCUAUGUGCCAUCGUGACCAAAAGCGUACCAAAAAGUUAAGGAAUUAAGACCUUGUUUUGAGUCUCAAUGGAAAAGACUGAAAUGCUGCUCAGUGUAGAUGGAAGGCCAAAAGUCUGAGAUCACUAGUGAACAUGCUUUAGUUGUGCAUUUUUCUAGAAUUUAAUACUGAUGGUUUGAUUAUAAAUCAUAUAAUCGACAUGACAAUUGAAGUCAAAUGUCAAAUCUUUUAGAACGUCCUAGUAUUUGGUAUAAUGUAAUGACAACGUGUACUCGAGUCAGCAUGGAAUCAGUAAGUGUUAUCCCAGCAUGAUUUCACAAUAUUCCAAAAAGCACCUUGGUGUUACUGAAUGCUUGGCUUUUCUGUUGCAUUAAUGCUUGACAGGUUGGAGGUCAGGUUACUGUUGAUGUAGAACAACAGCCAGCUUUCCUUGAUCUUUUUUGGUCCUCAGGUGGUUGUUGCAAGCUUUAAGGUUUGAGAUUCGUAAUGAGAAACUUAGCUUUGCAUUCCAAAAAUGCUAAGCAGCAGCAUUUUCUCUAGUUGUGUCAGACUUUUGGCCCAACUUUAUGUUGUUUAAGCAUCAACAAUUUUAAAAUUUUUGUUGUUUUUGUUGUUUUUGAUGUUUAAUCAUGUGACAUCAUGAUGACAAGAUUUCUAUGGGUCAAUUUUGUGCAGCUUUAGUUUUAUACUUCUACUUAAAUGCUUAGUUAAUGUGUUGUUCUUUAAAAUAAUAGAGUAGUUUUAUAUAUUGUUAUUGUUGCUUGAUAAUCUGGUAAAAGUGUUGCACAGCUUUAAAUAAUAAUAUACAUUCAAGUUUUAACGCACAGGCUAUGUUCAUACAGAAGAGCACUGCUGAAUGAUCAGUUUCUUUGGGUUUAUAGGCACGUGUUCAAGGUCUAUAACCUACUACCAAUAUUUCUCCCAGUCCAAAUAAAAAAGGUCAUUUGGAGCAUUUAUUUGCUGGGAUUAAACACCGGUCAAAAUAACAAAAAAGACUCAGUGUUUUCAUACCUUCUAACACUUGGCUGUACUUAAUAGCUUUCAGGUUUCAGAGGUUUUAAUGGGCUUUAGGUCUAUAGAUUUGGCUGGCCAUGACAGGUUUUUGAUUUGGUAUUCCUCCCUUCACAUGUUGAAUGACCUGGCUGUGUGGCAUGGGGCAUUGUACUGCUCUGUUUUUCCAGAGUUAGGGGACGCUGUCAGAGCAGAAGGGUGCAAGUUUACCUAUAAACUUUGUAUUUGGUUUGAUUCAUGCAUCUUUCACAAAGAUACAUCUGGCUGCUUCUAGCUUUCCAGAAGGACCCCCAUCACCAGUCCUCCACCAAAUUUUACAGUGGGUCCGAGUCCUGUGGCCUGUAGAUCUCUUCAGGUCUAUAACCAGUAAAUGUUGCUUUGGCCAAGCUCAAAAUUGGACUCAUCAGAGAUGACCUUAUUUCAAUCCUCUACAAUCUGACCUUAUGGUCUUUUACAAACCUCAGCCAGGCUCUUCUUUGAUAAAGGGCUCACACCAUCCUCAUAGUGCAUUUAUCCCACCUGCCAUUUGUCAUUUUUUGGCAAAUACCUUGGUGGUGGUGAUGCUUGACUUAGCUCCCCAUUGUCUUUGAAAUGUUGUGGAUGAAAGCAACCUGACCCUAACUGUAUCCCUUUGAUUCAUCUUCACCUUCAACUUUUCCAAUCAUGGACUGAUUAAUAUAUAUAAUUUUUCUUCUAUUCCAAAAACUUUUGAGGUACUACUAGCACUCCUUUUGCCACCCAGUUGGUUACAUUCCAAGAGAAUAAUUGAUGAGCACAGCAGUGUGUUAUACCCCACAAUCAGAUUAAAGCUGCCUGUCUCAACAUAGUCUACGAUCUCUUCUGAGUUCAGCUAUUGCUGAUGUUACACUGGCUUUAACCUCACACAUCCUCUACAGUUUGCUGUUUACUGUACACUGUGUUGACUACUACAUGAAAGAGUUUAUUUACCUGUAUGUAUCAGAAGUGUUACAUGAUGCCUUAUGGCUGAAUUUUGAGUUUUACAAUGUCUUUAUUUCAGCUUCAGAUCAUUUCAGAAAAUCCAAAACUUGUCGAUCACUGUGCUUAACGUAUCUAUUCCAAAUGACUUUAUGAGGAGGGGGCGUAGAUAGUUUUGUAAAGUGCCAUGAGACCAAUUCACCAGCUAGAGUUUAAGUAAUAUUGUAAAAUGUUGGUAGGAUUUGUGUUAAUUUUGUUUAAAAUGUACUUUUUUGGAUGAACACAAGCAAUGAUGGUUACAGUAUGUUUACACUGUUACUGAACGUCUAUAAUGCUGUUUAAUUAAAGAUGCUUUUUGCACUUUUGAA